CCCGGCCGCAGCAGGAGGAAAGGCCGCUCUCCUCUCGAGCGUCUCCUCCACACAGAUUAUUGAUCUUCUCUGCCUGGCCAGUGUGGAGGAGGAGCCACUUUCCCCUCUACUCCAGCUCCUCCCCCUUAGACUUUGGUGCUGCUGAUGAGGACGGACCGGCCGGAGGAGAGGCACCUCAAUGGGGUCGGUCUGAGGUGGGGCUGUGGAAAGUAUAUUUUCUGGGCCUGCCCUAUAUUGAUGCACUGCCUGGAGAAAACUGGUUACAAGAGCAGCGCCAGUGCUCCGUCACUUGCUGGAGCUCCUCGCUUUUACACCCUGCCUAAUGAGUGUCUCCAUUUAUCCUCAAUUGCAUGGGGAAAGGAGACGCGUAUCUUUCAGGUCUAUUAAAGCACGUAAGGAAUAGAAUUUACUCCCUGAAAAGGAGGAUUUCACCCAAUCUUUGGUUAUAUCUAUCCAAUGGUGACUAGAGGACCUUCCUUAUUUAUGUGAAAAUGGAGGAAGACAUUGGACGCUUAUCUGCUGUAACAGAUUACAAUGACUACAGUGAUAUUCCUCCUUGGACUAUGUCACCAGUGGGUAUAUGUGAAAAAGAGGACAUUAAAACCUUUGUGACUUCUUACAUGUCCACAAUUUUUUAUAUACUCUUCUGCAUCAGUGUACUUGGGAACAGUGUCAUUUUAGUUAUUCUUUUUAGGAAAGAGAAGCUACAGUCAGUAACUAAUAUCUACAUUCUUAAUCUAGUAGUCUCAGAUUCAUUAUUUUCAAUUACAUUGCCAUUUACAGCAGCCGACCAUUCAUACACCUGGAUUUUUGGAAGAUCUUUGUGCAAGUUGAAUAUAGCUGCUUUUUAUAUUGGUUUCCAAAGUUUUGUUAUAUUUAUCACGUUGACAACCAUUGAUCAGUACUUUACAAUAGUUCAUUCUUGGUCCACUUCUUCAAGAUUACGAGUAAGAUAUGCUGUUUGUAUAAGUUGCAUGGCCUGGGUAAUAAGCAUUAUUUUGAGUAUUCCAGAUGUCAUAAGUUAUACAGUAAUCAUUACUGACUUUGGAGUUGCAGUUUGUGAAUUUUCAUCAUUUUUUGGAGACCAAACACAUUUGUGGCUUUCUAUAGGCCAUUAUAAACAUUUUAUUGUGUUUUAUCUUGGACCUCUCUCCAUUAUAAUUUUCUGCUAUAGUCGAAUUGUGGUAAAACUGGCUAAAUCUAAUUUAAGAAAAAAAUCUAGAGCCCUAAAAGUAAUAUUUCUCAUUGCUUCACUUUUUUUUCUUUGUUGGACUCCAUACAACAUUCUUAUGUUUCUAAUGUUUAAAAAGCAUAUUGAAUUAUAUGCUGAGUGCAAUAAUGUUCUGCAGUAUAUAUUUCAUAUCAGUCAAACAACUGUCUAUGUUCAUUGUUGCUUGAAUCCUUUUUUGUACGCAUUUUUGGGAACAAAAUUCAGAAGGCAUUUAAAAUGUUCAUUCAAAAGACGUACUUCAAAGUAUAUAGCCCAACAACAGGAGAUAAGUCUAAAAACAACCUUGCCUAAUGGAAUUUGAAAAAAAUAAAAAAAAUAUAUAUAUUUUUUAACAUAUUCUAUUUGCACUAUAACAUCAACUCUAGCUUGUAAAAAUCUUAAAUUAAUGAAUAACAAAUUAAGGAAAAACAGAGUUGUUAGCAGUCAAUAAAUGUACUGUUUACUUUGUUUAAAUAAAUUGAAG